AUGUCGAAGAACCGAACAGGCCUCUACCUCGGUCUCGCCGCUGCCGGCGCUGGCGGGUACUACCUUUACCGUGCUGGCGGCGAUGUCCAGGGCGCCAAGAAGGAAAUGAAAUGUGCAAAGCGCGCGAAAAGCUCCCCCCAUGGCGAUGAUGCGCAAAAGAAGGGAGCAGAAAUUGGCAAGGAAGCCGGUUACCAAGUUGAUGAAGCUAUCAACAAUGCCCGAUCCAAGUUCAAGCUUGACGAGCGCAUCCCCGAAAUAGCCCAGGAUGGCAAGGAUAAGUUCGAUGGAAUCCGCCAGGACGCCCGCGACAAGAUCGACCAGGUGGAUCGGACUGUUGAGCAGAAGGCGGCAGAAGCCAAGGGAAAUGUCUCUGGUUGGUUUGGUGGAAAGAAAUAG